CAACCAACGGCGGCCAGGCAGCUGGCAAUGCCCUUUGCCUUUCUUUAUUAUUUAUUUCCCCCCCGCGUCAUGACCGCCAGCAGAGCAGCCCCCGUCCGCCCAUCGAUCAACCAUCCAACCCAUCGUUGUUUUUCCCGUUGAUCACCAUCGACAACAACCAUUGCAAGCUGCCGCUGCUGCUGGUGCUUGAAUCCACGCACGCUGCCCCGCACCCAAGCCCAUCGUCGCAAGGUACCCACAGGCCGAAAAGGCUCUGCGUUCUGCCGCAGCCGGUCCCGCGCUACCGGCUCACCGCCCAGAACACGCACCCCGUCCCAAUCCCCUCUCCCCGGUGACGCUGUUGCUGCUGCUGUUGCUGGCUGGCCUGUUGUGCCCGUGCCUGUGCCUGUGUGCCCGAGUCGAGGGAACGAAAGGGAAAAAAAAAGAGGAGCUCGCACGCCCGCCCGCACCCAACUGAACAAGGCACGCUCGCGUCGCUACGGCGCCCAAUCGCAGCCGCCCGCACCAGCUCUCUGCCGUUGCCCGCUCUCUUUUACUUAUAGAAAACACUGGGCCCCCAAGCCCGUCAAAAGUAUGCAAGCCGCAGACGCAACUUCAAACUGGGCUCCUCAAUCCCCAGACCUCUCCGGAGACUUGUCCAGCUACAACGCUCAAGCCAGCGAGCCCGAGCAUCCUCAGCACCGCGCCUACAGAGGCUCCGUCUCACACGCCCUGCCUUACUCACCCCCCUCCUCGAGUCCUGCCCAAGUCCAUAAAUUCCUGCCUCCGACUCCAGCCAUCCUCCACCACCCAACCUACCCCACCGCGCCCUUCCCCCAGCACAACUUGAUGCCCCGGGCUCCGCACGCCGCAGACACCAUGCAGGAUCCAGACUAUCUGCCUGACGCGUCGGAAAAGUCGCGAGGCAAGCGGAAAGAAGGCAAUGGCUCUGCCACCGCCCUGCCGCCCGCUGCAGACAACGUCAACAUCACCGUCCACUUCCCCGUCGCACGGAUAAAGCGCAUCAUGCAAGCCGACGAUGAUGUCGGCAAAGUCGCCCAGGUCACCCCCGUUGUAGUCUCCAAAGCACUCGAACUCUUCAUGAUCUCCCUAGUCACCAAAGCCGCCGCCGAAGCCAAGGAGCGCAACUCCAAGCGCGUCAGCGCCGUCCACCUCAAAAACGCCGUCACCAAAGACGAACAGUUCGACUUUCUCAACGACAUUGUGUCAAAGGUAGCCGACGCGCCCGCCCCAGAUAAGAGCGAAGGGGACAUGGAAGUGGACGGAAAGAAGAAGAAAACUCCCGGGAGGAGAAGGAAGAAGGCGGAGAGCAGCAGCCCGUGAACCCC